CCACCGCGCCAUGGAGGACGCCGCAUCGGAUUUCAGCGACUGGGAGGUGCUCUCCGCCGCAUCGGCCGCCGGAGGGGAUGACGACGAGGACGACGCCGUCCUCGUCUCCGGCCAGGGCGGCCACGUCCUCUACGACCACUUCGCCCUCCACCCCUCGUCCUCGGAGGCCGCCUCCGAGGAGGAGGUCGAAUCAGGGUUCGGAUCAGUCGACAGGUUAGGUUUGAUCUCGCCAGAGCCGCCCGUGGAUCUUACCGCGGCUGCGGAUUCCACCGCGCAGUUGCAGUUGCAGUUAGGCGGGGCUGAUGUGACCGCACAUGGCUCGGUUAUCAGUGCAUCCUUCACAUGCGGCGGCGCGACGUGGACGAGCGCACGUGACGAGGAAACCGAGGAGGCGUUAGGGCCGGCGGAGAUCGAGGCCGCCGCGCGCGGUCGCGGCGAGCCGGAUUCGGUUCCCGCGCAUCAGGAGCCGGAGGGAAUUUUGGACUCCGACGCAACAGCCGCGGCGGGCGGUGUGACACUCCAAUUAGAACAAUCGGAGAAUUCGGGUGUGCAAUUGGAAGAUUCUAGUGUGAAAUUGGAAGAUGGAGGACCUGAUACCACUACAGAAAGCUCUGGUAUCGAAGCUGCUGCACCAGGCGACGACGAGGUGCGCGCCGCGCCAGAGGAGGAGGAGCCGGAGCAAGGGGAGGAUGGUAACGCCGCACCCGGCUGUGGCGAGUCGGAUGGUGAUGGGAAGGACUGUUCCUCCCCUCUGGCUGCAGCCGCGGCCCCGGUCGCCGGCGAGGGAGCGGAGAGGCAGUUGGUCGUGUGGUGGCGGCUGCCGUUCAAGCUCAUCCAUUACUGCGCGUGGAAGGUGAGGCCGGUGUGGUCGAUCUCCAUCGCCGCGGCGUUCCUCGGGAUUGUCGUGCUGGGCAGGAGGAUGUACAGGAUGAGGCGCAAGACCACGGGCCUUCCCCAGAUUAAGAUCGCCUUGGAUGAUAAGAGGGCCUCCCAGUUCGCAGACCGCGCAGCCCGUCUCAACGAAGCCUUCUUGAUCGCGAAGCGUGUACCUGCUCUGAGAACUUCGUCCGGUGCUGCGCUCCCCUGGUCAAUGAUGCAGGAGAGAUGAGCCAGCCUGCUCGAAGCAUCCCCCACCUUGUUGCAUUAGCCAACUACAGGAAUACAUGAUAAGACCAAUAUUUAGUGAGAGCAUCACUCCCUUGAUAGUGUUUCUCUUGAUGACGCAUCGAGGAUGUCGAUGUGGAUGAUCCAAUAUCUAUACUCUUAGCGUAGUACACUACCACGAGUCCUUGUCUUUUGUUUUAUGUUUUUCUUUUCUUUCUGUUUGAUAGGUUUUUUAGUCCUUUGGUCAUUUGUUCAGUGGAGUCCUGAAUUCUUUUCAUUACUCUAGACAUGUGUUUAUCUAUGUGAAUGCUGAAAUCCAUGUGCUUGUCAUUGUUCC